UUGACACUUGGCGGUUGCUCAGCCCCAGGUCUUGCCAGCCGCUGGGCCACCAGGUUCAUGUGGAAGCUCCCAGGUGUCCGCGCCGCGCUUCGUGGGGUCCGCACGGCGGUGGAGCGGCGCAGUCGGACCGAGGCGGCGUCUGAGACCUCGGUGGGCGCGAUGGAGCGCGCUGUGGUGCGCUGUGUGCCUUCCGAGCCUAAGCUAAGCCUGUCAUUCGCGCUGGCCGACGGCAGCCACAAGAACAUGCAGCGCGACCAGAGCGAGCCACUGGGUCGGGCUCUCAGCCGGAUUGCUACCAAUGCCCUUAAAGGCCACGCUAAAGUAGCCGCCGCCAAGAAGAGCAGGAAGAACCGGCCAAACGCAAGCAGUGGCGUGGCCUGUGCUGGGCCUGGGCCUGAGCCUGAGCCGGCUGCAGCCUGCGAGCCCGUGGUGAAGCUGUACUACCGGGAGGAGGCAGUAGCUGAAGACGUGCUCAAUGUGGACGCCUGGCAGGACGGUGCGGUGUUGCAGAUUGGUGAUGUCAAGUACAAGGUGGAGCGUAACCCACCCACCUUCACCGAACUACAGUUGCCGCGCUACAUCAUGGCCGGCUUCCCGGUAUGCCCCAAGCUCGGCGUCGAAUUUGGGGAUCCCACCGGUUCACUCUUCCGCUGGUACAAGGAAACCAAACCCAGAGCGGCGGAGCCUGAGGGCGGAGGCCCCUCGUCAUCGUCUCCCUCUUCGCCCUCUCCUGGUUGGACCGAGACGGGUGUAGACGAGCGCGUCUACACCCCGUCAAAUGCCGACAUCGGGCUACGGCUCAAGCUUCAUUGCACUCCGGGCAAUGGGCAGCGCUUCGGGCCAAGCCGGGAGUUGGAAAGUGUGUGUCCAGUGGAGGCGGGGCCCGGCACCUGCACCUUUGACCACCGGCAUCUCUACACAAAGAAGGUGACGGACGACGCUCUCAUCCGCACAGUCUCCUACAACAUUCUGGCUGACACAUACGCCCAGACUGAGUUCUCGCGGACGGUCCUGUACCCAUACUGUGCCCCUUACGCUUUGGAACUCGACUACCGUCAGAACCUUAUCCAAAAGGAGCUCACGGGCUACAAUGCCGACCUCAUCUGUUUGCAGGAAGUUGACCGCUGCGUGUUUACAGACAGCUUGGUGCCGGCCCUCGAGGCCUUUGGGCUGGAGGGCGUGUUUCGAAUCAAGCAGCAUGAAGGCCUGGCCACUUUCUACCGAAAGUCCAAGUUCAGCCUCCUUAGCCAGCAUGACAUUGCUUUCCAUGAAGCCCUGCAGUCCGACCCACUUCACAAAGAACUGCUGGAGAAACUAGCUUUGUAUCCACCAGCGCAAGAAAGGGUGCUCCAGAGAUCUUCUGUCGUUCAGGUUUCUGUUCUUCAGUCUACAAAGGACUCUUCUAAAAAGAUAUGUGUUGCGAAUACCCAUCUCUACUGGCACCCCAAAGGUGGGUACAUUCGUCUCAUUCAAAUGGCAGUAGCCUUGACUCACAUUAGGCAUGUCUCUUGUGAUCUGUAUCCUGGCAUACCAGUUAUAUUUUGUGGGGACUUUAAUAGUACCCCAUCAACAGGAAUGUAUCACUUUGUCAUCAACGGCAGCAUUGCAGAGGAUCAUGAAGACUGGACUUCCAAUGGGGAAGAGGAACGAUGCAACAUGUCUCUUAGCCAUUUCUUCAAACUGAAAAGUGCUUGUGGUGAACCUGCUUACACAAAUUACGUUGGUGGCUUUCAUGGCUGUCUGGAUUAUAUUUUCAUUGACUUAAAUGCUUUAGAGGUUGAACAGGUGAUUCCAUUACCUAGUCACGAAGAAGUUACUACCCACCAAGCCUUACCUAGUGUUUCCCAUCCCUCUGAUCACAUAGCACUUGUAUGUGAUUUAAAAUGGAAAUAGAUUGUGUCUAAUAGAAUUUAAAUUUGCUUUAGUAGGAGAUUUAAUAUGAAUCAGAGUUUAUGCAUAACUUUCAAAGAGGAAAAUUAGACACUAAGGUAAAAUAUUCUUAUCUGUUAGUUAUGCUCUAGUGUCUUCAUUACAUGACUGUCAUAAUGUUUGCAUAAUACAGUUUCUCUACCCUUUUUUCCUACACUUGGAGGAAAAACAAAAAUAUUUAUGGCUGGCAGGAAGAACACUGUGUACAUUUUAUAAGUACUUUUUUUUGCUAAUUAAGAAUUUUGUAAAGAAAAAAAAAAACCUGAAUGAUCUUGUAAUUUUUCUAUCAUAACACACUUCAGAUUAAAUGAUGUAUAUAUAAUUAGGGGGAGAGCACACACAAGUUGGAAGUGAGAGGACUUAAGUUCUAACACAAGGAAGG